AAACUAGUAACGUCAACGGCUGACGGCCGUUUGAAAAAAUAUACGUGACAAAAACCGAGCGCAAAUUAUAAAAAUCUCCGAAUUAUUUGUCCCGAAAAAUAUCAAAAGUGUAGAAUGCUGAAUAUUUAUUUCCAUUAGGUAACUGUGCUAUUAAAAAUGAACGCUAAAUAAUGAGUGUGUAUUUUCUAUACAGUGUUAUCGUUGGAUGAUAAUAAUGUAUACUUUGAAAGGAAUAUUUCCUGAACCCAAAAAGGAACAAAAAAAGAACUUUAUCAGAGAAAAUAUGAAACAACUCAAAUAUAUUCAGGGCAAAACAGCCAAAGAACCAAAAUUUACGAUAGUAAGGAGCCACCCGCCGCGCCUGACGCACUCCGUGGCGGCGGAGGGGUCGCUGGGGCCCGUGAAGUCGUCGCCCUCCAGCAAGAGCGGCAAGAUCACGCUCAACGUCGCAAAAACCAGCUCCCACUCACAGAGCACACGAAAGAAACAUCCAGACAUCAAAAUAAAAAAAGGAGAUAUGGCAGAGUUUCUGAGACGCAAGGAACUUCUAAGACAAGCAAAGCCAGAAAAUUCACCUGAAGAAGUCAGAUCAACAGAAUCAUCAGGCAGACUUCGGGAUAUUGGCUGUCAGACCAUUGAAACUAAUCUAGCUCAAAAAUUAGAAGAGAGUACAAAGAUUACCCUGUUAUAUCCAAAAAAAGACGAGGAUGAUGCAAAGAUGAAAGCUAGUGGAGACUCUGGUCGCCACCGGAGUCCUACCCUACCAGUACAGACUCCGCGUAGAGCCGGUGAUGAACUACCGGACUAUGAGAGACCACGCAGUCGGUUAAAUGCUAUCUUAGAAAGGAAAGAACAGAAAGAUCCUUAUCUUCCUUCAGGUUACCAGAAAGGUGUACUGCCGAAAUAUCUGCGGGAGCGCAAGGAGUCUGUCAAGGAAACCGAUGGUGUAAAAGCUGAUGAUGACCAGGCUAUAUGUCCCCCCGGACAUGUCACGCUCCCUGACACCGAGCGCAAGGAAACCCUCAGGAUGCUUAGGAAUAGUUUUGCAGAGUUAGUAAGCGAACUGAACAAAAUGCCAGUAAAAACUGAUACUCUAAGGAUGCGCAAUCGGAAGAUGGAACUGGAAAAACAGCUCGCUAAGUUGGAGGAGGGCAUCAAGGUGUUCUCACGGCCCAAAGUAUUUGUCAAGAUCGGCGAGUGACCGCUCACUGUGCCACUACACACAGGUUUCAGGCACUCCCUGAUUGCUUGUAUGUUAGAUUUUUCCAAGGAUCUACUGUCAAAAAAACCAGAAAAGACAAAUCCUAAUAAAAAAUUUGUUUUUUCUGUAUGUAAUGUUUUUGUCCACAAAUGUUCUAUAAAUUGUUAAUGUGUUGUAAUACUGUUUAGAACUUCCCUAUGGAGUUCUACAGUGGUGCCUGUUCUUGUAAUUGUACAGUAUGUAGUUAAUAAGUAUUCUGUUUGUGACAUGGUGUCUUGAAAAUCCACUAAAAAAUUUUGUGUGUAGCAAAGUUCCUCUUAAAAAAAUGUUUUAUGUUCAUGAGAUUAGCAGUAGAUCCUUCCAUUGCCGUCCUAUAUUUUAGUCCAAAUUGAAUGUCAUGGCAAAUUCUUGUGAUCUCCAAUAUGCGUAAGUUAAUUUGUUUAUUACAUGUAUGUUAGUUUAAUUAUCAUUAUGUUAUGUACUGGUUUGAUGUAAUUAAUAUAAUGCUAAUGUUUGUAUGGUUUACAGUGUUUCUAUAACAUUUAAUAUUUUUGGAUGUUUGAAUACAUAUAUUUUGUCUUUUA